UGACUUUUCGAAUCAGAUGGUCCUCGUCGCGUCGCCUUUUCUCUUUGCUUCUCUCUCAUACUCACUCUCUUUUUUUUCUUUUCUUUCUUUCUUCAUCCUUCAGAGUCCAUUUUCCAUUCUCCUCAUUCCUUCAGAAUUAGGCAUCUUGCCAUGGAGGCCUACAUUACCCUCCUCACCAAUAAUAACUACGCUAGUGGCGCACUUGUGCUCGGUCACUCGCUCCGUGCGGCCCAUACUACCAAGAAGCUUGCCAUUCUCAUUACAGCUAAUGUCUCACGCCCCAUUCGUGACCGGAUCGCACAAGUCUACGAUGCUGUCAUCGAGAUUGGUGAGAUCGAUUCUCAUUCCACAAAGAAUCUACAAUUACUUGGAAGACCCGAACUAGGCAUCACAUUGACAAAAAUUCAUGUCUUCAACCAAACCCAGUACUCAAAGGUCAUUUUCCUGGAUGCUGAUACGCUCGUGAUGCGAAACAUUGAUGAGCUCUUUGACUCUGCAGCCAACGGCGCAUUGGACGACCCAGACCGCAACACACGCUUCGCAGCGGCUCCCGAUGCAGGGUGGCCCGAUUGCUUCAAUUCUGGAGUGUUUGUUUGUCGACCCAAGUAUGAAGAUUACAAGGGGUUGAUUGAGGUGGCAGAACAACAGGGCACCUUUGAUGGUGGUGAUCAAGGUUUGCUUAAUAGCUACUUUGAUGGCUGGUCUAGAGGCGACGUCAGUAACCGCCUUCCUUUCAUCUACAAUACAACGCCUACUUCUGUUUACAGCUAUGCUCCUGCAUUCCAACAAUACAAGGAUAAACUAGCGGUCAUUCACUUUGUGGGCACUUUCAAACCAUGGCAGUGGCUCCGCUUUGCUGAUGGAACAGUCUUCCCACGGAACACCUCUUCUACAGAUUCGAUAUCGCUUGUUCAGCAAUGGUGGAAUGUCUUUGACCAGUAUGUUGGAGGCAAGUGAUGAUAUUCUUGAUACCAUUUCUGGGCUCUCAUUCUUUGAAGCAAUCCUCGGAAAGGAUGGGGAUGGCCUGAGCUCUUUUCUGAGAGGGGAUGUUUGUGCUUUGUACUCUCUGAAAUUUCUUUAUCUAUUUGGCGGACUACAAAUUGUCGGAUGUAUGCAGGAACAAACAAAGAUAAAAAAGAAAUGGAGGGAAUCCA